CAGGCAGUUCCGUAGCUUGAACGUAGCAGAACGUCAAGAUGUUGAGAUUCAGUCGGCCUCUCCUACUUCUACUCCUGUCCUUGUCAUGGGCCCAAACAGGUGAGUUAAACAAAAAACAAAGGACCGCCUUUGAUGAGCUGUUUUCUGCUGCUCCCUUUCAGGCUAAGUCAGUCUCAAUUCCUUCCCUUUGAGAUGUUCAGGGUGCGAGUGCCGUUCAUUUUUAUGUCGCCAGAACGGCACCAGCCGUGUGCAAGGGAGGUAAAGGUAAGGGGACCCCUGACCAUUAGGUCCAGUCGUGGCCGACUCUGGGGUUGUGGCGCUCAUUUCACUUUAUUGGCCGAGGGAGCCGGCAUACAGCUUCCAGGUCAUGUGGCCAGCAUGACUAAGUUGCUUCUGGCGGACCAGAGCAGUGCACGGAAAUGCUGUUUACCUUCCCGCUGGAGCGGUACCUAUUGAUCUACUUGCACUUUGACGUGCUUUCGAACUGCUAGGUUGGCAGGAGCAGGGACCGAGCAACGGGAGCUCACCCCGUCACGGGGAUUCGAACCGCUGACCUUCCGAUCGGCAAGUCCUAGGCUCUGUGGUUUAACCCACAGCGCCACCCUCGUCCCUGUGUGCAAGAGAAGAGAGUGCCAAAUUUGCACAGCCAGAGAACAUUCAUAAACAUAAGUUUGUAUCCAACCUGAGUCCUAGAGCAGACCCAUUCAAAUGAAUAGGCGUGACUAGAAUCGUAGCUCUGGAAGGGGGAUCCCCAACUGAGAUUAUUUGCAAUGGGACUACCCAGAGUAGGAUUUAGCUGAAUGCCUCUCAGGGUUUGCAAGUGGACCUAUUGAAAUGUACGAGCGUGGCUAAGGUCCAUUUAUUUUAUUUAUUUCUGCUCUGAGCAGAAAUUGCUUGGAGUCAGCCCUUUAAAAGGGGUGGCAAAUAAAUUUUAAAUGUUCUCCAACUUUGUGGGGUGGACCUCAUAAGGCAGCAAGGAGGGGAGCACUCCUGGUGAACUGAUCUCUGGGAUAGCUCAGUUUGCAAAGCAUGAGACUCUUAAUCUCAAGGUCGUGAGUUUGAGCCCCACGUUGGGCAAAAGGUUCCUGCCAAUGGCUUCAAGUUAUAAGAAAGGAGAUUCCAACUAAGCAACAGGAAGAACUUUUGAUUAAUAAUAAUACUAAUAAUAAUUUAUUAUUCAUACCCCGCCCAUCUGCCUGGGUCUCCCCAGCCACUCUGGGCGGCUUCCAACAAAGUAUUAAAAUACAGUGGUCUGUUAAACAUUAAAAGCUUCCCUAAACAGGUCUGCCUUCAGAUGUCUUCUAAAAGUCUGGUAGUUGUUGUUCUCUUUGACAUCUGAUGGGAGGGCGUUCCACAGGGCAGGUGCCACCACCGAGAAGGCCCUCUGCCUGGUUCCCUGUAACUUGGCUUCUUGCAGUGAGGGAACCGCCAGAAGGUCCUUGGCGCUGGACCUCAGUGUCCGGGCAGAACGUUGGGGGUGGAGACGCUCCUUCAGGUAUACUGGGCCGAGGCCAGUAUAAGAGUUGUUUGGCAGUGGAAUGGUCUCCCUUGGAAGGUGAUGCUCUCCUUCGUGGGAGGCUUUUAAGCAGAGGUUGGACGGCCAUCUGUCCUGGAUGCUUUAGCUGAGAUUCCUGCAUUGCAGGGGGUUGGACUGGAUGACCCUUAGGGUCCCUUCCAACUCGACAAUUUGGUGAUUCUGUAAUCUAUUGACGCUGCUCCUCCAUGACGGUGGUGUGAAUCGGGUGUGGUCUCCAAGUGGUCUCGAGGCAAGUCCAGACUCCUUUCCUUUGAAACUGAUCUGACUCACCAAGGGCAACCCUGCUCAUCUCCCCUUUCCAAGCCUGCCCACCUCUGUCCCAAGCAGGCAGCUGCAAGCUUAGAGGAGAGAGAAAUUUAGGGAGACCUUUCUGUGACACAGGGACGCGGGUGACGCUGUGGGUAAAACCUCAGCGCCUAGGGCUUGCCAAUCGCAUGGUCGGCAGUUCGAAUCCCCGCGACGACGGGGUGAGCUCCCGUCUUUCGGUCCCAGCUCCUGCCCACCUAGCAGUUCGAAAGCACUCCUAAGUGCAAAUAGAUAAAUAGGUACCGCUUUAUAGCGGGAAGGUAAAUGGCGUUUCCGUGCGCUGCGCUGGCUCGCCAGAUGCAGCUUGUCACGCUGGCCACGUGACCCGGAAGUGUCUCCGGACAGCGCUGGCCCCCGGCCUCUUAAGUGAGAUGGGCGCACAACCCUAGAGCCGGACACGACUGGCCCAUACGGGCAGGGGUACCUUUACCUUUUACCUUCUGUGGCACAGCUGCUUUUGGAAUACCGGUCGCCUCGACUCGAAAAGGAUAUUGUUAAGUGCUGGGGAAGGUUCAGAAAAGGGUUAGGGUUAGGUUCGCCUAGGAAGAAAGGUUGCAGCAUUUAGGGCUUUUGUUGCUGUUAUUUAGAGAAAAGGUGAGUAAAGAGGAAGCAUGAAGGAAGUUUGUAAAAUGAUGCAUAGAAAGAGGAAGUUUUCUCCCCUUCUCUUGUAACGCUAGAAGUCGCAGAAGGGCAUUCAUUGCAGCUGAAUGUUGUAAGAUACAGGAUAGGUAAAGGGAAGUCUUUCAUGCACCACAAUUCUGUGUCCAGGGCAGAUGUCUCCAUCUGGUACGCAGGAUGAGACCCUAUCUGCCCGCAGACUGUCUUGCCAGAGUGGUGCAUGCUCUGGUUAUCUCCCGCUUGGACUACUGCAAUGCACUCUCCGUGGGGCUACCUUUGAAGGUGACCCGGAAACUACAACUAAUCCAGAAUGCGGCAGCUAGACUGGGGACUGGGAGAGGCCACCGAGACCAUAUAACACCGGUCCUGAAAGACCUACAUUGGCUCCCAGGACUUUUCCAAGCACAAUUCAAAGUGUUGGUGCUGACCUUUAAAGCCCUAAACAGCCCAGUAGACCUGAAGGAGUGUCUCCACCUCCAUCGUCCAGCCUGGACACUGAGGUCCAGCUCCAAGAGCCUUCUGGCAGUUCCCUCCCUGCGAGAAGUGAGGUUACAGGGAACCAGGCAGAGGGCCUUCUCGGCCCUCCCAUCAGAUGUCAAGGAAAUAAACUGACUUUUAGAAGACAUCUGAAGGCAGCCCUGUUUAGGGAAGUUUUUAAUGACUGAUGUUUUAAUUGUAUUUUUAAUCUUUUGUUGGAAGCCACCCAGAGUGGCUGGGGAAACCCAGCCAGAUGGGUGGGGUAUGUAUGUAUAAAUAAGAACAACAACAACAACAACAAUAACAACAACAACAACAACUUGAGUGGCUUUAAAAGAGAAUUAGACUCUGUUAGGCACUAGAGGACAGAAGUGCCUGGCGUGCUCUGGUCCAUGGGGUCACGAAGAGUCGGACACGACUAAACAACAAGGCACUAGAUGGGCCAGGGAGCCUGAUCCAGCAGUUUCAUCUCAUAUUCUCAUGGUCUACUCAACAGCUUGUCUAUAAUGGGAAAAUGGAGCUUCCAUUCAAGGAGAAGUAUACCAGAUCUCUUCCUCCUGCCCACCUGGGUGGUGCCCUUAAAACUAGCAAGAGGCAACAGACAGACUCUGACCUCCGCUAAUAAUAAUAAUAAUAAUAAUAAUAAUAAUAAUAAUAAUUUAUUAUUUAUACCCCGCCCAUCUGGCUGAGUUUCCCCAGCCACUCUGGGCGGCUCCCAAUCAAGUAUUAAAAACAAUACAGCGUCAAAUAUUAAAAACUUCCCUGAACAGGUCUGCCUUCAGAUGUCUUUUAAAGAGAAGAUAGCUGCUUAUUUCUUUCACAUCUGAAGGGAGGGCGUUCCACAGGGCGGACGCCACCACCGAGAAGGCCCUCUGCCUGGUUCCCUGUAACCUCACUUCUCGCAAUGAGGGAACCGCCAGGAGGCCCUCGGAGCUGGACCUCAGUGUCUGGGCUGAACGACGGGGGUGGAGACGCUCCUUCAGGUAUACUGGGCCGUUUAGGGCUUUCAAGGUCAGCACCAACACUUUGAAUUGUGCUCGGAAAUGUACUGGGAGCCAAUGCAGAUCUCUUAGGACCAGUGUUAUGUGGUCCUGGCAGCCGCUCCCAGUCCCCAGUCUAGCUGCCGCAUUCUGGAUUAAUUGCAGUUUCUGGGUCACCUUCAAAGGUAACCCCACGUAGAGCGCAUUGCAGUUGUCCAAGCGGGAGAUAACUAGAGCAUACACCACUCUGGAGAGACAGUCUGUGGGCAGGGAGGGUCUCAUCCUGCGUACCAGAUGGAGCUGGUAAACAGCUGCCCUGGACACAGAACUGACCUGCGCCUCCAUGGACAGCCGUGAGUCCAAAAUGACUCCCAGGCUGCGCACCUGGUCCUUCAGGGGCACAGUUACCCCAUUCAGGACCAGGGAAUCCUCCACACCCGCCCGCCCCCUGUCCCCCCAAAACAGUACUUCUGUCUUGUCAGGAUUCAACCUUGUGAUUUUUAUUUUUAUUUUUGCAGCACAUUUGCGGAGCCAGAUCGUCGGAGGCCAGGAAGCAGUACCCCACUCCAGACCCUACAUGGCAACCCUCAAAAUGGACUUGGGCUAUGGCUGCGGCGGGUUCCUGGUGGACCCCCAGUGGGUAAUGACGGCCGCACACUGCAUGAGGUACGUCUCACUAUUCCCUAGUGGUUGCCAGGGUCCAAGCUAAUGGUCGGAGGCUGGUCUUCUGUACAGGUGCUGGCAAUGCCUUUGUAGCCAGCUGGGGAAGUGAAAAAUGUGGAAGCAAAUGAGCUUUGCAAGGUGAAGUCUCUCCCUCUCUCUCCCUUCUCCCCGCUGCUGCAACCACCUGCUCUUUGCAAGCAGAGCUGCGGUUGUCAAUAUUGCACAUAUGGAAGCAAUAGGAUGAAUAAAAGCGGGCGGAGCUUAUGGAAUCAAAAAUUUCCCACUCCAAAAAUGCGGUUUCAAAGCUUUGCUAGCAGAACUCGUUGCAAAACAGACCCAAAACAAUUAACAUUACAUCUGAAUAGUCGUGUGAAAUCAUAUGCUUGUCCAGGCCUAGGUUCAGCUUCUUAGAAACAUUAAAUAACUUCGGCCAGAGCUGUAAACAAAGCUCUCACAGGCUCCAUUCCAGCCAAAGUUGUUCUCUCGUGGAGAGAAAACAUUAGGACACAUGCUUUCUUCUACGGUGCUUGAGAACAAAGACCAACUCCCUCCAAAUGGAGAUUUGCAGCUGAAUACCUUUCCCAUGUGACCUAAAGUUAUACACCUCUGGGACAAAGCAGCAGAGAUGCCGUCUUAGUUCAUUACCAACCUAUUAGGCAAACUGGUGUAGAAAUCUGAAGAGCUGAAUUUAAGACUGGGGAAAUGGACAGAUUCCCCCAUCCUGCCUGUCACCAAGAGAGAACGAUAGCUGAGGGUUGAUUCACAGUUCACUAACCCUUACCAAUGCACACUGGUGCCCUUGUUUUCCAGCGAGAUGACCGUGGUUUUGGGGGCACACGACCGCUCUGCCAUCGAGAACACUCAACAGGUGAUCGGCGUUGAGUCGUACCACAUCCACCCGGAAUAUAAUCGUGUAACGGUUUCAAACGAUAUCCUUUUGCUCAAGGUAAGUUGCUCCAGGCUCCCUCUUCCAUUCUCAGCACCCUCAAAGCCAGUGGCCUUGGUGGAUAAAUCUGAAAUACAUAAAUAAAAUAACAAUUAAACAAAAAAAGGCAGUGACCUCAAGUAGGAAGGGGCAAGUCCUAGGUUCUGUGGUUUAACCCACAGCGCCACCUGCGUCCCUUUUUGCUUCUUACUCUGCCAAAAUUAUCAGUCUGUCAGAUUCUCUUCAGCUGUCAAAUUGUAUCCUCUUCCCCCCCCCAAAAGGAAACUUGACACAACUGUUUCAUAUAUAUAUAUAUAUAUACACAAAAGAAGGAAACCGUUUCAAAAAUCCAAGUCAAAUGGUUGCUAAAUCUCCAUGGCUGUAAAUGCCUCUUUAUCUCCCAUUCACAAAAACGUCCCUUGCAGAACCUGUCCACAGAAAUCGGAAGCUGACUUCCUUUUUGGCUUCCGUUUCGCCAAAUCAGUCAAUUAAAACCUGGUUUCUCUUCUUAAAAACUUUACUUGGCUUUCACCAAUUCGCUGCUUCUGGUGACGGUGUGUGGCUUCGGCAAUAGGGUGCAGUGGAGCCCGGGGAUUGGUGGGGAUGAGUUUUCAGCUUGUGUGUUAUCUUAUUUUAAGAGGGAAACAAAGGGGAAAUUGACCAGGAAGAAUCCAGCUCGCCGUUCUCUGCACCCAUCUGUUGUGCCACAGCUGAGUCACCCACUGGACUUAUUUAUUCUAUUUACUGAAUUUAUAUACCGCCCUAUACCCGGAGGUCUCUGGGCAGUUCACAGAAUAAAAUCAAGAUAUAAAACCACAAAAUACCUAAUAAAAAUAAAAACAACAACCUAAUAGCCCCCCCCCAAAAAAACACAUUUUAAAAGGGGAUAAGAUGUAAAUCGGAACAACCAAAGGAACGUUUUUGCUUGGCGCCUAAAGAUGUGUAAUGAAGGCACCAGGCAAACUUCCCUGGGGAGAGCAUUCCACAGAGGGGGAGCCACCACAGAAAAGGCCCCGUUCUCGUGUUGCCACCCUCUGGACCUCUCGAGGAGGGGACACACGAAGAAGGGCCUCAGAAGAUGAUCUCAGGGUCCGGGUAGGUCCAUAUGGAAAGAGACAGUGCUUGAGGUAUUGCAGUCCUGAGCCAUUUAUAGGUCAAAACCAGCACUUCAAACUGGGCCCGGAAACUCAUUGGUAGCCAGUGCAGUUGGACCAGGAUUGGUGUAAUGUGCUCAAACAGGGUAAAAGGGAAGGGUAGGGUAAAGAAAGAGAGAGAAAUCAGACGGGCAGGAGGGACACUGGUAGAGAUGGGAGGGAGGGAAGAGCUGAGCUCAGCGCUCGCCUUAGCAGAGGAGGAGAAAGUGAGAAAUAAGGGACAAAUAAGGGAUAAGCGUUUUCCCUUGAGAUAAAGGACAAUCCCUUAUUAUAAAGGACAGGUAAAAAGGAAAAGGUGAAAGGACCCCUGACCAUUAGGUCCAGUCAUGACCGACACUGGGGUUGCGGCACUCAUCUUGCUUUAUUGGCUGAGGGAGCCGGCAUCCAGCUUCCGGGUCAUGUGGCCAGCAGGACUAAGCCGCUUCUGGCGAACCAGAGCAGUGCACGGAAACGCCGUUUACCUUCCCGCCGGAGUGGUACCUAAUUAUAUACUUGCACUUUGAGGUGCUUUCAAACUGCUAGGUUGGCAGGAGCAGGGACUGAGCAAUGGGAGCUCACCCUGUUGCGGGGAUUUGAACCACCGAUCUUCUGAUCGGCAAGCCCUAGGCUCUGUGGUUUAACCCACAGCGCCACCCACGUCCCAGGAGGAGGAGGAGAAAGUGAGAAAUAAGGGACAAAUAAAGGAUAAGCGUUUUCCCUUGAGAUAAAGGACAAUCCCUUAUUAUAAAGGACAGGUGCAACCAUAAUUCCAGAGCAGAUUGCAAAGGGAGGUUGGAUAACCCUCCUGCGUCUCCUGGUUCCUUCCUGCAGCUGGUCCACAAGGCUACUCUGAACAAAUACGUCCAGAUGAUUCCCCUGCCCAAAUCUAGCAGCGACCUCCCCGAGGGUACACCCUGCAGCCUGGCAGGUUGGGGCCUGAUUGACGACAGCCAGGACACAGAGAGGCUGUUUGAGACCAACGUCACCAUCUACAGCCGGAAGAAGUGCAUGAAGAUCUACCCGCAGCUCAACGAUGCGAUGAUCUGUGCCGGCAGCCACAAUGAUCUUCGGGAUACAAGCCAGGUGAGGGGGAGGUCAGGGAUGGAGGAAUCUGUGGCCCCCACCCCCCCAGCUGGACUCCAACUCCCAUCAGCCAAUGCUCAGGAACCAUGGGAAAGUUCUGAACCACGCUUGGGAGUCAGACCAGUAACAUAAUAGUAACAACAACAGCAACAACAACUUACCGUAAUAUUUAUAGUUCAACCAUCUGCCUGGGUUUCCCCAGCCGCUGUGGGCGGCUCCCAACAGAAUAUUAAAAACACGAUAAAAGAUCACACAUCAAAAUUUUCCCUAAACGGGGCUGCCUUCAGAUGUCUUCUUAAAGUCAGACAGUUGUUUAUCUCCUUGACAUCUGAUGGGAGGGCAUUCCACAGGGCGGGUGCCACUACCAAGAAGGCCCUCUGCCUGGUUCCCUGUAACCUCACUUCUUGCAGGGAAGGAACUGCCAGAAGGCCCUUGGAGAUGGACCUCCGUGUCCAGGCUGGACGAUGGGAGUGGAGACGCUCCUGAAGGUAUACUGGGUUUUAAAAAACCCUUCCCUAUACAGGAUUGCCUUCAGGUGGCUUGGGGAUCCAAUAACAACUCCAUACCCUCCAAUAUUUUUCCAAUGUAAAUAAUAAUAAUAAUAAUAAUAAUAAUAAUAAUUUAUACCCCAUCCAUCUGGCUGGGUUUCCCCAUUCAAUCUGAGUGGCUCUCAACAGAAUAUUAAAACCACAAUAAAAGAUCACACAUCAAAAAAACUUCCCUGAACAGGGCUACCUUCAGAUGUCUUCUUAAGUCAGAUAGUUGUUUAUCUCCUUGACAUCUAAUGGGAGGGCAUUCCACAGGGCGGGCGCCACCACCGAGAAGGCCCUCUGCCUGGUUCCCUGCAACCUCGCUUCUCGCAAGGAGGGAACUGCCAGAAGGCCCUUGGAGCUGGACCUCAGUGUCCGGGAUGAGCGAUGGGGGUGGAGAUGCUCCUUCAGGUACGUCCUAAGGAAAAGUGGGGCAUUAAGGGGUCAAAUCAGAAACCGGGAUGGCAUCUCUAAAUCAGGGACGUCCCUGGAAAAUAGGGACAUUUGGAGGGGCCACACUGAGCUGGACUGUAGAACUUCCUUCCAACCCUCAGAUGCACUGGUUCUAAUUGGAGCCAGAGGCCCAGAUCUUUGCAAUUGAAUGGUGCAGUUUGAGAAGAAGAAGAAGAAGAAGAAGAAGAAGAAGAAGAAGAGGAGGAGGAGGAGGAGGAGGAGGAGGAGGAGGAGGAGGAGGAGGAGUUUGGAUUUGAUAUCCCGCUUUAUCACUACUGUCAGGGAACUGACAUCGGAGCUAGAGGUGGAGGGAAGGCUCUCCAAUGAUGCUGGAGAAGGGCCCAGCAGGGAGAGAGGCAGCUCAGCAGAUGGGGAAGCAAUUCAGUGCAACACCAGGAAUAAGGAGGGGCAGAUGGGGGAAUCGGCGAGAGGGCUCCCAGACUCUUCACCGGACACCAGCGGGGAGAGCACUGGUCCCCCGCUACCCACGCCCUCCCUGCGCAGAAGACUUCCGCGCAGAGAAAGUAGGAGGAGACUGGGUGUCAAACAACUUUUAUGUUGGAAAAGGUUUAAGAAACGCCCACUGACGGAUUCUGCUAGCGACUGAGGCAGCCACGAAUUGAAGGGCUGUCCAGACAGAAAGGUUUAACAAGGCAACAUAGCCAGGAGAGGCGGCAACUUACGCACGAGCAACCCCAUACCAUUAUAACUACCUAAAGGAGUCUCAAAGCAGCUAACAUUCUCCUCUCCCUUCCUCCCCCACAACAAACACUCUGUGAGGUGAGUGGGGCUGAGAGACUUCAGAGAAGUGUGACUGGCCCAAGGUCACCCAGCAGCUGCAUGUGGAGGAGCGGAGAUGCGAACCCGGUUCCACAGAUUACGUGACUACCGCUCUUAACCACUGCACCACGCUGGCUUGGUUUGAGGAGCUUGUAGCAGUGAGGAUGUUUGCUUUUCUCCCCCCCAGGGUGAUUCCGGAGGCCCCAUGGUGUGCAAAGGCGUGGCACAAGGAAUCGUCUCGUUUGGUAACUCAUACCCUCCUGGAGUUUACUCUCGCAUCGCCCAUUUCCUGCCCUGGAUCAAGAAAACUAUGGAAUCCUGAAGAGAAGAAGCAACAGGCAGCAGCACCCUUUGCUCAAUAUAUGUAUAAAAAAACCUUCUGCAUGCUUAAUAACCUGUACGCCUUUCGUUCUGCAAUCCCACCCACCCGCAACCUAUUGAAGCAAGUGGGUCCAUGGGGUCUUCAAUUCGCAAGUGCAUUUAUCUGAUUUGCCUCUUCAUAUAGCGGCGAUUCCCAGAGAGGUUGAACAGUCGACCCAUCUCUCCAGGAAUUCUGGGAAGCGUAGUUCUAUGGGGGAGCAAACUACAGUUCCCAAGAUUCCUAUGGGAGGAAGCCACCAUAGCUGUCUAAAGCAGUAUAAUGCUUGAGAUCGCUAUGCACAGUAUUGUAUGAUUUCAGUGGAUUUGCCCCAAGUCCACUUUGGUUGGUUAUAUGCCUAAGGGGGCAGGAUAGCCAAAUGGGGAGAGGAAAAGAAGUUGGGAGGGAGGGUGAAAACUGGAAUCAGCCCCUUGCUCUGUUGCACUCUCUCCAACGUAUAUUAUCUAGUAAAGCUAAAAGGCUGAGCAUUAAUCUUGUACCUUUUUCCUUGGUUCUCCGAAAAUGUCGUGAAAACGUCCAGGGGGGGAGGGGUGUCGAAUAUCACAAGUGUCAUUGUUCAGGUGUGUGUGUUGCAUUGCAAUAAUGAAAUGAAAUGCUGGGAC